AUGGAGUCCAUGUCGACAGACCUAGUCGCCUACCACGCCAGGGCCAACCCCAAAGCCCUAGCCGCCGUUGAGAUAGCGACGGCUCGCUGCUGGUCCUACCGUCAGCUUCACGAUGAUAUCAACAAGGCAUGUGCAGUUCUCGCUGCGCACGGUGUGCAGAAGGGUGAUCGUGUUGCGGUGCUGGCGGCCAACAGCGUAUUCGUCGUCAUCCUGCAGCAAGCACUCAUGCGGCAGGGUGCAAUCAUUGUUCCUCUGAACUGGAGACUUUCGGCCUCGGAAAUCGGGUCCCUGAUCGAGGACUGCUCGCCAAAACUCCUAUUCUGGGACGCCACUCUGAGCUUGGCUUGGCCAGAUUUCGAGCCCCAUUUCCCAGCACUUUGCCAACGACUUCCCUUCCAAGAUUUCAUCACAAAACUGGACCAGUCGACGUUACCCACCUCCCCAGUACAGCACCAAAACGCAUCCACCGCCACAAGACUGCCCAACACGACCGCCGCCAUCGUCUACACGUCCGGCACGUCAGGGCGACCCAAGGGCGUCAAGAUCACGGCGCACAACCUGCUCGCCACCGCCAUCAACUACGCCGUGCUGGGCGAGGUGGAGCCCACGUCGGUGCUGCUGUGCGACGUGCCGCUCUUCCACCUCAUGGGCCUGGCCGUCUGCGUGUGGAGCACGCUGCUCCGCGGCGGCACCGUCGCCAUGUCGCGGCGCUUCGACGCCUCCGCCACCAACGAGCGCCUGUCCGCCGCCCCCGCCGGCCUGGGCGGCCGCAUGGUCACGCACUACUUUUGCGUGCCGCAGAUGGCCGACGCGCUGCGCAGCGCGCCCAACUUCCGGCCCGCGCGCUGGGCCGCGCUCCGCGCGCUCUUCACGGGCGGCGCGCCCAACCCCCCCGCCCGGAUCCGCUGGUGGCUCGACCGCGGCGUCAGGAUGGUGAACGGGUAUGGCGCCACCGAGGCGGGGCAUUUCUUCGGCAUGCCGCUGGCCGAGGACGUGCUCCGCCAAAAGGCCGGCUCGGUCGGGCUGGCGGGCCCCAUGACCGACGUCGAGAUUGUGGAUCCAGAGACCGGGGCGCCCGUCCUCCCCGGCGAGCCGGGGGAGAUUGUCGCGUCUGGCAUGAGCGUCACGGCUGGGUACUGGGGCCGCGCGGAUCGAGAUGGGGGGCUCGAGGUUGUGGAGCACGGGGCGGGGGUGCGCUGGUACCGCACGGGGGAUAUUGGCCGGCAGGAUGAGGACGGCUUCGUCUACAUCGUCGGCCGGCGCAAGGACAUCUUCAUCACCGGGGGCGAGAGCGUCGCGCCCGGCGAGGUGGAGACGGCGCUGAUGCAGCACCCGCUGGUGGCCGAGGCUGCAGUCGUUGGCGUGCCCGACCCGACGUGGGGGGAAGUCGGGUACGCGUGGCUUGUGUUGGAGCAAGGUGUCAAAGAGCGUGUGUCGAAGGAGGAUCUCAUCUCUCACUGCGAAGGACUCAUAGGGCGAUACAAGAUCCCGAAGCAUUUUAGAUGUACAGAGAGUCUGCCACGGACAGGGUCUGGAAAGAUUAUGAAGCACGUGUUGAAGAAGAAACUCGAGUCGGAGGGGUUUGGGAGGGAGAAAGAGCAUUAGAUGGAAAGACUAAAGCGCAUCAACAUAUUACUCGAUUCGGCCUAUUUAGCCACCUGAGCUUCUUUCAAUACAUGAUCAAGGACUGA